AUGGCCUUGGAGAAACUCGCUUCAUUUAUGAUCACUUCCUUCCUUAUUUUAACAUUCUUGUACAAUGUAUUGACUAUCCCUUCCGCAGAUCAGUUUCAACUUGGUACAAACACCAAAAUCUCCGGAUCAUCAACGCAAUUCCAAAAACUUAGCUUUGUUGCACCCGCCACAAUGACUCCCUAUCGUGUAAAUGAUUACGUUGUAAGGCGGGAGGCAAUUGAGGAAUCUCAAGAGAUUGAAAAUAAACACACAGAUCCAAGAUUACUAGAAGAUACUAUUCGAACAGAAUGCUUGAACGGUAUAGAUGUUACAACAGGAACAUGCAUAUAA